UAUGGAAUACCAUUUUGUGCAAUUUUUGCUUUAUCAACUUCAGACCAAUCUACUCCGAGAACGAGCAUAUGGCAAAUGACUAGAUUUGAAAGGCUCAAUGCUGCUACAUUUUUCGAAUGCACCACUGCCAAACCCUUCUUCUACCACCAAGGAAAUUACAAGUGUUUUUACUGCAACGAAGUUUUUCCUGACAUUCAUACAGUACUAGACCAUACCGAUUUUCAUUCGACGCCGGACCGAUCCAGUCUACUAAAGCAACAUAUAAGAAAGGGAAAACGAGUUAUAAAAGUGGAUAUUUCAUCUUUAAAAUGCAAAAUUUGUGAACAAAAAUACAACGACUUGGACGAUAUUAGGAAACACUUGAUGGCCGCACAUAGAAAAGAAUUCAAUUCCGCUGGCAAUGGACUCAUGGCUUACAAUUUAACCGUUAGCAAUGGACUUCUCUCGUGUCACAAAUGCGGAAAAAAAUUCAAUACAUUUUUUCUUCUCAAUCGUCACAUGAACGCUCACUUUAGUGUCGUAUGUGAAACGUGUGGACUCGGUUUUAUAUCGCAUCAACGUCUAAUUAGCCACAGAAGUGUUCAUCAAAAUGGCUCACAUAAAUGUGACCAAUGCCAGGAAGUGUUUCCUACUAAAUUAAAGUUACGCUAUCAUAUAUUUAAAAAACACGAUGUUAAAAAUGUAACGAAAACUAAACGCUUAAAAUGUCCACACUGCUUAGAGAGAUUCGCCGAACACUAUAGAAAGAUGUCUCAUCUGAAAGAAGCUCAUGGAAUCGUGUUCACUUUCGAGUGUCAAGCUUGCAAAGCAAUUUUUCCCACCCGCCGGGCUCUAACUGAGCAUACUACUAAACAGCACACCCAAAAAAUACUCUGUAAAAUAUGUAAAAAGUCUUUUGGAACACAGACACUGUUAAAAAUGCAUAUGCGAGGCCACACCGGCGAGAGAAACUUCACUUGUAAUAUAUGUCAAAAAGCGUACAUGCACGAGAAAACUUUACGGCAGCACAUGCGAGUUCAUGGGCCCGUUUGGAAGUUCAUGUGCUCCGAGUGCGGAAACGGCUUUCAUAAUCGUAAUGAUUUUAACAGACAUGUAAAGCAAUGGCAUCCACAGUGGCAGUUCAAGACUAUUGUCAAAAACUUUGGUACCAGUAAUGAUAAUCCUGAAUAAAGAGUAUUCCUAAGUUAUAACUUAUAACACUUUAAUAAAUGAAGCUUAGUAAAGUAUAAUUGUCAAUAUCAACUAUUUUGAUGUAAUUUUUGAUCAGAAGAUCAAUCAAUAUUUCAUAGUACUUGUCAGGUAGACCAAGGUCCAAGAUAUCAGCAAUAUUAUAA